AUGUCCACCGAAACUCCCUCUGGAGGGGACCGAGCCUCAUUGACAUCACGAGUCAUUCCCGUUAUGACUUUAUCAGAGGGCUCCAAUCCACUUACUUGCCCUCUUGAUCCUGUUCCCUUCAUAUCUGCCCAGCAGCGGGCAGCAGCCCGAUUCCAAGUCAACGGAAAUGCCGUCGUCACAGGCGGGGCUGGCGUUCUCGGCUUGAUCUCCGCACAAGCUCUCCUCGAACACGGACUAUCUUCAUUAUGCCUUAUGGAUCUCCCAGAUACACUCGCCACAUCUGACGCGCAAAUUCAAGCACUCGUAUCAAAAUUCCCUUCGGCCAACAUCAACAAGAUCCCUCUAGAUGUGACCUCCAUGGAAUCCAUCGAAGCCGCCUUCGAGCAGGCAAACAAAGCCAUGGAUGGAAUCGACGUUCUCUGCUGUUUUGCCGGAAUACCGGGUUGCCAGCCAUCUCUCACAGUGACCCCUGGUCAGUUCAACCGAGUAAUGGACGUCAACUUGAACGGGUCAUUCUUCUGCGCCCAGGCCGCCGCAAAGCACAUGGAAGCCUCAGGAAAAGGCGGGUGCAUCUUGUUUACUGCUUCCAUGUCAGCUCACUAUACCAACUACCCACAGCCGCAAGCUGCAUACAAUGCAAGCAAGGCUGGGGUCGCGCAUCUGACUCGCAACUUGUCUGCUGAGUGGGCGGUGCAUGGGAUCAGAGUUAAUAGUAUUAGCCCUGGGUAUAUGGAUACCAUCCUCAAUGCUGGUGCUGGACUCGCGGAUAUUCGGAAGAUUUGGGAUAGUCGCUGUCCUAUGGGUCGUAUGGGUGAUCCUGAAGAAAUCACUGGGGCUGUUGUGCUUCUCUGCAGCCAGCGCGCUGGUCGGUAUAUCACUGGUGCUGAUAUCAUUGUUGACGGUGGCACUUUGGCUUUCUAA